AUGGCUCAGCCCAUCAACCAUUGGAGACACGAUGUGCUACCACUUGAUCUGACAGUUGUGGCCACAGAGUUCGUCAUUGGUAUCAUCAUUGCGAACGGGAACAUCGUGGCUGUGAAUGUGGUCCCUUGGUUUCAGAGAAAGUCAGCUUCUGUAAACACUAGGGUUCUGCUUUUCCUGAGUGUGUCAAGAAGUGUUGUUUUGGUAGGAAUUACCUUCUCUGUAUUCAAGGUUUCUUUUUACAGCAGGGUUUCUUCUAGCAUCUCCAAAGUAAGUUUCGUAUUCUUAAAUUACUGUGGCCUCUGGUUUGCAGCAUUGCUUAGGUUUCUCCGCUUUGCGAAGAUUGCAAAUUUUUCUUACCCCUUGUUCCUCAAGCUAAAGUGGAGAAUUCCUGGAUUAAUGCCCUGGCUUCCGUGGCUCUCUGUGUUCAUUUCAUUCAGCUCCAGCAUGUUCUUCUGCAAGGACACCUACACCGUGUAUAACAAUUCUCUAAGUUUCAGCUUCUUCAACAACACACUGGAAGUGUACUUCAUUGAGACGAAUGUGGUCAGCGUAGCUUUCAUAUUCAGUUUGGGAAUCCUCCCUCCUCUGAUCAUAUCCACUGGGGCAACCACUCUGCUGAUUUUCUCCCUCAGGAGACACACCCUGCACAUGAGAAAACAGGCCACUGGCUCCAGAGACCCCAGCAGAGAGUCUCACAUGCGGGCCAUCAGAGAAACCAGCUGCUUUCUCUUUCUCUAUAUUUCAAAUGCAGCUGCUAUGUUUGUGUUACUCAAUGCCAACUUUUCCUGUAAUGUUGUACUUAAAAUCAUCCUGCCUUGUUACCCAGCUGCCCAUUCAGUUUCACUCAUUCAGAACAACCCUGGAUUAAGAAGAGCCUGGAAGCAGCGUCCGUCCCAAAUCCAUCUGUACUUGCAAAGUAGAUUCUGA